CCGUGGAGGAUUCCGGAAGCUGACGUCGGAGCUGUGUGGAGCCGGGAAGACGCCGGGCGGGUAGUGUCCAUGACGAAAUUAGCGCAGUGGCUGUGGGGGCUGGCGCUCCUGGGCUCCACCUGGGCGGCCCUGACCAUGGGAGCCCUGGGCCUGGAGCUGCCUUCGUCUUGCCGGGAGGUCCUGUGGCCACUGCCCGCCUACUUGCUGGUAUCUGCCGGCUGCUAUGCCCUGGGCACCGUGGGCUACCGCGUCGCUACUUUUCAAGACUGCGAGGACGCCGCCCGCGAGCUACAGAGCCAGAUCCAAGAAGCCAGAGCCGACUUGACCCGCAGGGGACUGCGCUUCUGACACUCUAACCCCGAUUCCCUCCCGGACAGCCUGUUCUCCCAUUCCCCAUUAAAGGGACAGUUUAUUUUCUAA